AUGCUCAACUCUAAGAGUAAUUCUGCAGCAUCGGCACACAUACUCACGGACUUACGAACGGCCUGGCGCCUUCACGACUUUUCAUACGUUCACGAGCUCACCGACGUCUCGAAGGCUUUACUCCUUGCCACGAUUUGCUUUGCCAUCGAGCACACCUUGUACGACAUGGAUCCGCACGAUACGACCAACGAUCCACCGGCUGGUCCGGCACCCUCCGAGCACUCUUCCACGACGCCGCACGCGACCCUUCGAGGGCGAAUCCGUCGCUUCUUCGCGCACCACUUUCACGCUCCGCGCCCAAGUCUGCGACGUUCUCGCCCAUCUCACGACUUCAUUGCCACGAACGACACUCCCACGCACGCUACGACCGCCCAGCCCGGGCGUACGGACGGCAUCCUAGACGCCAUCGAGCGGCACCGCGAGACUACAGAGCAAGGUUUCAAUAGGAUUGCGGACGCCAUCUCUCAAGCUGCACUAGGUUUCGCGGGUCACGGCGGCGGUCCUGGCGGGUUCCCACCUGGGAUCGCGCCAGACCCGCUCGAGUUCGACAAUCACCAACCUUCCGCAUCUUCUGCACAAGAAGAAGCCUCGAUCCCGAAUGGCGACCUGCUGAACUUUGCGAACCCAGAUCUGACCGGCAAUCCUUCUUGCGCGCUUGGAAGCCCACUCGGGCCUGUGUCGCCCUCGCAGAGUCAUAUACGUCCAUCUAACGGUCCUAGGAGCCCGCAUGUCUCGCGCGACUACGAUCCGAUUAUAAGCGACGAGACAAGCCAUGCCGCCAGGUACGAUUUACGCUCUCGUGGGGAGUGCGCUUCGCACGAGCUCGCAGAAAGCGGCGCCGGCCCUUCUGAUGCGCCCUUGGGCAAUCUAUCCCAAGCUCACGAGGUCGUCCGAGACGAACAACGGGAGGAAAACUCGGGGGCUACCUCGUGCGAGCAGCAGAUCCACUCGGCGCCUCAAGAGGAGGACAACGGUCCUCAGGCCAGCUCCUCUCAAGAGCACCACGACAUCAGCGACUCUAGCAGUGCUACAAGCGCGACCUCAGGCGAAGGAGACCCGGCGGCUGUCUUAAAUGCUCAUGACCGCGACACUCUCGACGAUAUACUUGCCCAUCCGGAAGCUCAUCAACAGAAUGUCGAGUUCCAACUCGCUGAUUUCACCCCCGAGGAAGACCCAUUCCCCGAGUUGGCGCCCUCGCCCGACCCGGUACCUUCGGCCUUGUAUACGCCUCUCAGUCGCACGAUACCGCUACCCGCUCUCGACCAGCCAGGCUCUGGUGUCGCACCGGCACAGUCCGGCCCUGUCGCGUCGUCUUCCGGACGCGUAGAAGCUGCGCAAACGGCCGGUCCUGCCGCCAGUGCCCCGCUCUUCUUCCCCUCACUUGAGACGAGCCCCGUUCAUUCGGAGAGCUCUGCCUUGCUUAACUACAGUCCUGCGGCUGAGGCGGAGACGAGGCGUUACGACGAGGGGUCUGCGAGGCGGCAGCUGGCGGCCAUGAUGUCGGAUUCGCCUCGUCGGGCCGCUGACCAGGGGGUUGAGGAGGGGCAGCAGCAGCAGCAAAGCGUCGCUUCGGACGCCGCGUCAGCGUCUGACGGAGAAGCUUUCCACCACUCUUCUCCACGACAAGAGACUCCACCGGACAACGAUGCAGAGCAAUCUAGUGAUGCCGCGGACGAGGACCCCACUCGUGCCGUCCUCGACGUCGCCCAGCAAAACCUCCGCUCGACGUACAUCCACUACCGCGACUUCGUCGUGGCAGACGGAGUUUUCAUCGGACGCAGGCUGCUGAUCUCCGUCGGAAGGAAGGUGGAGCUGCCGGACCCGUCCGAGCCCUUUGACGAAGGGCUCAAUAACCUCCUCUAUGUCUGCGAAGCGCGUCAGCAUGAUCUCACGCAGCUUUAUGUGGAGGUUCAUCAAAGCCGGGUCUCUGGCGGGCAGUACGACGAUCAAGACACGCUGAAUGCUAUCCUGCUUGCAAUCCGCGCUUACUUGCCAAGCUUCAACACGGCAGUCGUCUCAUUCAAGGCAUUUGAUGACGUGCAAGCCACUCAGGCGGUACAGCAGGCUCGACGCUCGAUUGCUAACGACUUCUCUCAUCUUCACCACGUCCGGAUUGAAGGAAUCACUUCAGCAGCACGACUUCUUACGUUCCCAAUCCAGGAUUUGUGCGUCCUUGAGGCUCUCUUCCCCACUUCAGAGAUGGACAUCAAGAUUCUCCUGAUGCAUCGCAGUGAUCGACUGGCUUUUCUGACUGCGGGGCCUAUUGAUUCCCGCCAGCCAAAUUACCUGUCAGGUUUUGCGCACGGUUCCCGCGCUUCCCCUAUUGCAGACCAUCCACACACCUUCGUCGUGCACUUGAAGUCCGCGUUCCCUUGCGAGCAAGCGCUGAAGAGUGUUCCGGGCAAUGCCGUUGUACAUUUCACGCUCACUGAGACGCGUGGGCUUGACAAACUUCGAGCCAUCAUGGAGGUUCAUCCGACGUGGACUAUGCGACUAGAUUGAUAGGGUAUACGGCCUUUCUGAGGUUGCUACA